AUGUCAAAAAGACCUCAAAUUCAUAUUUUUAUGGGAGCACCCACUAUCCCAAGCCCACUGGGAGUCUCAGAACAAGAUAAUUCAGUGCCUGCAGCUGAACAAUGGAGAGAACUCUGCUGGUGUGAUACAAGUAGGUUGUUUUCUGAAAAAGUAAAAGGUGCUGACUGCUCAGAGUGUGAGGCAGAAAGCUCUGUAGUCACAGCAGUUGCCACAAACGAUGGCAGCUCUCAGCAGUCUGAACAGGAGAGAUUAAUAAUAGCAAAAGACUAUUUGCCAUCUCUUGUGCCUGUGGCAGUAACUUGUACCAGCACACCUGAAAUGACUGAAAGUUUGGUUUAUUCUGAUUGUCAGAUAUCUAGAGAUAGAUGCACACAUGAAAAUAUGAAUCAGGCUGCAGAUCAACACCUUCUGCAAAAACCUGAAGAAUCAGCUAGACAAGAUAAACUAUCCCAUGGCUGUGGCUCAGACCUCACUGAUAGAAAGGCCAGUCAUUUAGAAGUUAAAAGCUCUGACAUUUCUGAGCUGGUUACCAAUACUAAGCAGAUUAGCAUACAUCUAAGGUCUGUGGGACAAGGUGUUCAAUCAGAUAAUGGAAAUUACCACCAUGAACAUCUAAGCCAAUAUCUGGAUAUGUUUUUCCUCCCCAAUCAAGAGUCAAAACCAAAAGGCAGACCAAGUAAUUUUUCAGACUUUGCAGUGUCAACAGAUACUGAAUUUCGUAGCAUAAUGACAGCCAGUCAGAUGGCUCUUGUGGCUCAGGGAUGGAAUGAAGUGCAGGAAAGAAUAAUAAAACUGAGGGAAACAAAAGCAGGCAAAAAACCUGAAGAAAGACAGCGUGAUCACUUUCAACUGGAUUCUGAUGUUGGAACAUGUCUUAAUGUGGCUGAGAAGGAAUAUAAAGAGGAGUAUACAAGUUCCCUUGAACUUUUCAACUCAGAGGCUGAUGGAGCAAAUGUUUGCUUUGAAGCUCCAAAACGAGAAGGAAGUGCUCAGGAACUUAAUGUCCCUGCUGAGCAGUUUGUAAAUGAAAUCCAUAUUGAACCACUGAGCUCAGGAAUAUUGUGCUCCCAAGGAGACAGUUGUCAUAAGAGCUCUUCUAACAGAGCCCACGGCCAUGAAGAUUCCUCUCAUGUUUUUCCCUCAGUUUUUAAAAGACAGCUGAAAUCAAAGAGAGCUAAACUGAAUUCUCCUCCAGCUGGUUCUGGGAUGAGAGUGGCUCAAGAGAGGAUGACAAAGUUCAAGAAACUUCAAAAGAAGCUAUCACCACUUAAGAACUGCUGCUGCAAAAAUGAAAAGUACAAUGUUUUGGUCACAAUAGUGCAUCCUUGUCAUAUCAAAGAGAUCCAGAAGACUAGACCAAAAUCUUCACGUAAAGUGCCUGUAGCAACAAUUGCAGUUAUUGACCAGUCAGAAAUUGAGAGGAAGGUGGUGCUGUGGCAUGGUGCUGCAUUUUGGUCACUCACUGUGUUUCCUGGGGAUAUUGUACUGCUUACAGAUAUAAUGGUGUAUGAGAAUCUUUGGUGUGGAGAAAUCAUGCUGCAAUCUACAUUUACCAGUCAGUUACUGAAUAUGGGAAACUGCUCAGCUCUUGAUCCAGAAGAAUUUUAUCCUAUAGUGGAUGGUGAUGUUCUUCGUGGCUUGUUGGCCUACAUAUCAGCAGAAUUUCCACACUUUGGAGACAUGCCACGAAGACAGGUUCAGACUCUGGACAGUGUUCAGUAUGUGCAGCUAGACCAGCUCCAGCCAAAUACAUUGGUUCACUCAGUCUUGAAGAUUACCAGCAUUGCCAUCCUAACAGAAUCUGUGUAUAGCUACAGAGGUGGCAACCAAAGAAAAAUUAUUCUAACAGUAGAACAGAACAGAGAUCAACACUAUAGGAUGGUGCUGUGGGGAGCAGGGGCUGCCUGGUGCCCUCAACUUCAAAGGAAAAAAGAUCACAUAUGGGACUUUAAAUACCUUCUGGUCCAAUGUAGUUCUGUGUCAGGUGACUUUGAGCUGCACACAACUCCAUGGUCAUCCUGUGAGUGCUUGUUUGAUGAUGACAAAAGGGCAAUUGAAUUUAAAGAAAAGUUUCAGAAAAGCAAAACUUCCCUCAUGCAGAUGACAAAGCUCUCAGCACAUUUGGAGGAAAAAUACUCAGGAGUGAUUCAAGUGAAAGCCCAUAUCUCAGAACUGAAGUUUACCAUUUCAACUAGUCAGUACAAACAACUCAUCUUCCGUGCUGAUACUUCACUGGAGUGUGUUUUGGCUUCUCUGCCUUUGAUUACAUAUUCAGGUUGUGCUAAAUGUGGUUUGGAACUACAGGCAGAUGAGAACAUGAUCUACAAGCAAUGUAUUAGGUGCUUGCCAUACAACAAAGUAAAAACCUUCUACAGACCUGCUUUGAUGACAGUAGAAGAUGGAGGAUAUGAAAUUAAUGUUCAUGUAGUAUCCGAGUUGAUGGAAAAAAUCUUCCUCAAUAUUCCUGCAGACUGGCUCAACAGAUUAGUAGUGCCCUCUUCAGAUGUAACCUACAGCACAAUAGUAGCAGAUCUGUGCCAUUUGCUGCUAGCAGAUACAGAAGCAUCCUAUUUAUUGGAAAUUAAGAGCCACUUUGUGCUGGAUGAAAACAGCUAUCCUUUGCAAAAGGAUUUCCAUCUGCUGGGAUUUCAUCCUGAUCUCUGA